AUGGAAAUUCCCAAGAACGUUGGCAAGAGGCUUAUCCCUCAAAUUCUUGAUGAUUUGGCUGCAACUGAGCCAAAUCGUCUCGUCUUUUCCAUAGCAAAGUCUUCCGACAUCAGUCAAGGCUUUCACAACGUGUAUGCUUAUCAAUUUGCCCAAGCUGUUAACAAGACGGCUUGGUGGCUUCACAAACAAGUUGGAAACACCGGAGAGAUCCAACCCGUUGGUUACAUCGGACCUCAUGACCUCCGCCACAUUCUGUUGACAUAUGCCUGUGUCAAGGCCAACUGCACCGCCUUGUUCCUGUCCGCCAAGAACAGUACCGAAGGGGCUCUUGCUGUCUUGCAAGCGGCCAAAUGCAAUAUCUGGGUGAAGCCUCGUGGCCUGGACUACCCUCUUGUUGAUGACCUUCUGCAACAGCGGGACAUGCAGGUCCUCGACUUGCCUGAGCUUGAUGAACUGCUUGAUGCGGAUGGUGCUGAGCCAUACCCCUUCUACAAGACUUUCGACGAGGCGAGCCAAGAGCCUUUCUGCCUCCUCCACACGUCGGGUUCAACGGGGUUGCCAAAGCCCAUUGUCUGGUCUCACGCCCUGAUCGGAACAAUGGAUGCCGUCCGGCUCCUACCACCAACAGAAGGAGACGGCGGUAUGGUCCCAUGGACAGAUAACUGGAACGAUGGUGACAGGAUCUACUCCUCAUUUCCCAUGAGUCAUGGAGCCGGUAUCAUCAUGGAUAUUCUCUUGCCCUCGCUCUUCAAUCUUCACUGCAUCUUGGGACCGCCCGGUGUCAUACCCAACAUGAACCUCAUAGAAUCUCUCGGAGAGCACGCAAAGAUCGAUAUCUGGAGCAUGGUUCCCUCGCUGGUGGACGAGCUUGGAGAAACCCCAGACGUCUUGCCCAAGCUUCGGUCUUCCAAGUUCAUCUGUGCAUCCGGUGGUCCUGUCAGUCCCGUCAGCGCGUCCAAAGUGAACAACGUCAUCCGAGUCCUGAACCUCACGGGCACAACAGAAGGUCUCUUCAUUGGGAAUCUCUGGGUAGACAGAGAAGAUUGGCUCUACUUUGCAUUCCAUCCCUUCUCGGGCUUUGAAUUCAAGGAAGUCGAACCCGGCGUCUUUGAGCAUUGGGUCCAUCGGAACGAACAUGGCCCCUUAUUUCAGGGGAUCUUCCACACAUUUCCCGACCAGAAGAGUAUCAAUCUGAAGGAUCUGUACACGCAGCAUCCGACCAAGCCAAAGCUCUGGGCGUACAAGGGGAGAAAUGACGAUGUUGUCGUUCUCUCUAAUGGUUACAAGAUUUCUCCCUUAGACACGGAGGCACUGGUCACGACCCACCCUGCUGUUGAAGGCUGUAUCAUGAUCGGUUCAAGUAAACCUCAGGCAGGUCUUCUAAUCGAGCUGAAGGAUCCAUAUUCAAAGACGACCGAACUUCUGGACAGCAUCUGGGCUAUUGUAGAGCGAGCCAACUCACUCUCUAUGCACAAGAACCAGCUUCAGAGAGACUACAUCACCUUCGCUGAACCAGACAAGCCGUUCAUUCGCACCGACAAACGAACCAUCAAGCGACGUGCUACGCUAGAGCUCUACGCCGACUAUAUCAAGCGCUUCUAUGAUUCCCGCUUGGAAGAACAAGAUUCGCAGUUCACUGCCAUCGACGUAAGCUCUGUCGAGUCUAUCACCCAAGCGAUCAGGCAGAUCUUUGGCUCUCUUUCGCCAGCUCUUAACAACGCGUCGCCCGAUGCAGAUGUUUUUAGCUUGGGCCUAGACUCGCUCCUUGUAUUCCGAGCCGUCAAGAUCAUCCGUGCAGCUACUGGGCUACAAGACAAGCUAUCGCCUCGGCAUCUAUAUGCUAGCCCCACGCUCGGCAAAUUUGCUGCCACGAUCUCGAAGUUGGUGGCUGAGAAAAAGCAUCCAACGGGCAAGAAUGCCUCCGCAUCAGACGAGGAUUUAGACCCUACUGUGGUCAAAAUGAGGAAGAUGAUGGACGCCCACAAGUCACGCCUAUCGCCCAAAGUCAACCCGUUUGACUUGAUGAACCCCAACAUCUACGUGGGCAUGAAGUUCUACAUACCGCUGCGCGGAGACGCACAGUACGAGGACGUAUUCAACAGGCUGCACGAUGGGCUUCGCAGGACUAUUGAACUCAUUCCAGAACUUGAAGGCAAGGUCAUGCGCUGCUCGCCGCAUGAGACGGGGUACAAAAAUGGUGAUCUUCGGAUCACUUUGCCCCUGAUUCCGUCAACCGCGACCCCUGAAACCAACUUCAAGAACUCUCCGCUCAGGCAACUGCGCUACAAGGAUCUCUCCAAUAUGCUUCCUUCUUUUGAAGAAUUAAGAUCUGCCGGCUUUGUAGCCUCGGCCUUCAGCGACGAAGUCGUCAUCGACUGCCCCUGGUUUCCGACGCUCCCGGCUGAGGUUCUUGUUGCGCAGGCAAACUUCAUCAAGGGUGGGUGUAUUCUCGCCAUUAACAUCCACCACGCGGCAGUUGAUGGGAUGGGAGCUAUCACAGCCCUAAGAGUCUGGGCCGAGAGCUGCAGAUAUGUUCAGGGUGACAUGUCAGCCACUUGCGACUGGCUUGAUCCUGAGAGCCUCAACAGGAGCCUGCCUCACAUCCUCUACGAACUCGAAGGGUAUGCCAAGCCUGCACACGAGGUGGACCCUAACGUCUGGGGAUUCUUAGGAUUCCCAGAUCCUUCAGAGCUUCAGAACGGCAAUGGUCCGGUGAAGGUGGAAACGCGUCUCACGGAGUCGACAUUCCCCACACCACCCCCAUUCCCCCGCAAGUUUGCCUGGCCACCCGUUCCUCCGGCUGACGGUCGCCAUAUGAAGCCCACCACGUUUCUCGUUUCGAGCGAAAAUGUGGAGAGGCUUCGACAGAUGGUGCUUGCUGACCCGGAGGCCAAGGGGGCUGUGACAUCCAUCAGCGACGUUAUCCAGGCUUUCUUCUGGCGGGCUGCAAUUAGAGCUCGCUACCGCGUUGCCAAGGAGAUACAUGGCGAAGAAUUUGGGCCAGAAGACAACGCGAUUGUGGAGAUGCCCAUCGAUGCUCGCCCCUAUUUUUCUUCUCUGUUGCCCUCAUCAUUCAUGGGCAGCUGCUUGGUUACCAACCGACCCUACAUGGCGGUCGAAGAGCUUUGCUCACCAAAGACGAGCCUGGGACGCAUUGCUUACCUCUUCCGCGAGGCAGCCACUCGCAUCAAUCCUUCCCUGGUUCAUGACGCCUUCACUCUUCUCCAGUCUGUGCCCGACUACGGCAUGCUUACCAACGCUUGCAUGGGGUUGGCGGGGAUGCACUGCAUGAUGAACAACCUGAUGCUCUUCCAGACGACCGAAAUCUCGUUCGGCGAUGAGUUCUUUGAAAACCAGGGCACACCUGACACCAUGAGGAUUCUGAUGGACCGGUUCAACACGGCUUUCAGGCUGCUGCUUAUCCUCCCUAUGCGUGAUGAUGGUUCUGUGGAGCUAUUGCUGGGCACGCUCCCCGAAGAGUUCGAAACGUUGACAGCUGACGAAGAGUUUACCAAGUACGCCGCUUUUCUUGGUUAG